GGGUAAAUAAUUUUGUAAAUCUAAAAUGUCCAGUGACAGUGGUGAAUAUUACACUAAUGAUGAAGACGAUGAAGUGAUCAGCAGCGCUGUUUCAGUGCGAUCAAGCCUCUCGUCGCGCUCUUCUCGCCACAGCGGUCGCGGGAUCAACCCUGAUAGUAAUUCCGGCGUAAUUAUUGACGAAACCGAGUCGGAAGAUGAAAGCGUGCGUCCUUCCAAAGCUAAGCCGAAGCAGAGACGUCGUCCUCCAGUGAUCGCUUCCGACAGCGAAGAGGAAGAUGAGCUGGACUCGCGGGCCUUGUCUCCGAGCACGCGCAUGAGCAUUACAGGUGUACGCCCACAGGAUCUGAGCGAUGACUCAAGUGAGAUUGAUUACAGCGACGAAGAGGCGUCAGCAGGUACAGCUGAAGAGACCUACAAUGAAGAUGUUGAGCGAAAAGAAGCAGCGGCUGCGCGCAACCGACAAUCUAUCGAUGGCGGUGGCGAUGGCGGAGAUCUUUCGCCCCGCUACAGCACGCAGUUUGUGGGAAACAUCGAGGAGACUUUACACUCAACAGUAUCUACAGCCAACAUGCUUGAAGUGUCACUCGACAAUUCGAGUAGUAGCGAUGUCCUCAUACUGAGCAACAAGGAGACUCCCAUUGAAAUAUCAAGUACGGAUGAUGAAAGUAGCUUCAACAAGGAAAACAUAUCCGCUCCACCCCUCGCAAGCCGAUCCUAUUCGCCCCGCAGUAGCGCCGGAGCACCUGUCGUUAAGUCCAACAAGAGUCUCAUGCAGCCUACCAUACAAAGGGCCUUCAAACAGAGCACCUCACCGAUUGCUCCCCGCCGUUCUUUGAUCAAGAGUGAAGCUCAGAAGGUUGUAACUCAGGAGUACCAUCAGGAGGAGAUGAACAAGCUGAUGGAGAUGCGCGCCCAAAAGAAUGACGCCGAAAAGCUUUAUGAGAAAGUAGCCAAAAAGCUGCCUGACAAGGGUAGCCAAAUCAGGAAGCGCAUCGAUGCCUUGGGUCGGGAAAUUGAGUUAAAAACAAAACUUAUUAGUAGCCUUAAAGUAGAGCAGAGGAGUGUCCCAGCAAUAAAGGCGAUUACGGCGAUGAAGGCUCACCGCAAGUCUGACAACGAUACAACCGACUGGGAAGACCUUUCGGCAGCGGUCAACUCGAUUCAGCCCAAGUACACUGGCGCGCAGGGAAUGGCCACGUUUAACACGCAGAAGGCCUUAACGCUGGAAUCUCUAAAGGAUCUCCAUGGGUCGCUGAAGGGCUGCCCAGCAGAGGACGUUCUGGCCGAAGAUCCAGAGGGGCUGAAGGUAACUUUAAUGGAUCAUCAGAAGCAUGCCCUGGCGUGGAUGUCUUGGCGUGAGAAUCAGACUCCCCGUGGCGGCAUCUUGGCCGACGAUAUGGGCUUAGGCAAGACUCUGACAAUGAUUUCAUCCGUUCUCGCCUGCAAAAAUCGUCAGGAGAGCAGUGAUGGGCGCCAUGUGGACAGCGACAGCGACAGCGACGAAGAGAACGAUACAAAGCGGAAAAGCACUGGUGGAUGGAACUCUAAGGGCCGCAAAGACACUCAUCGUGGAGGCACCUUAGUCGUGUGCCCGGCCAGCUUGCUGCGCCAGUGGGAGGCAGAGGUGGAGUCCAAGGUCAACCGCCAUCGCCUGACCGUGUGCGUGCAUCAUGGCAACAAUCGCGAGACGAAGGCCAAACAUCUGCGCACAUACGACAUCGUUGUAACUACUUACAACAUCGUGGGGAGAGAGCAUAAGGAGUCGAGUGCCUUGUUUGGUGUCAAGUGGCGUCGCAUCAUACUGGAUGAGGCCCAUGUUGUGCGCAACCACAAGGCGCUGGCGUCAAUCGCAGUAAGCGAUCUGCGCGGCAAGUUCCGCUGGGCUCUGACUGGCACACCCAUACAAAACAAGGAACUAGAUAUAUAUGCGCUUUUGAAGUUCCUGCGCUGUUCACCAUUCGACGAUCUGAACACGUGGAAGAAGUGGAUCGAUAACAAAAGUGCUGGCGGGCAGAACCGACUCAAUUUGCUAAUGAAGUCCAUCAUGCUUAGGCGCACUAAGGCACAGCUGCAGCAGGAAGGAAAAUUGAACAGCUUGCCCGGCAAGGACUUGCGUAUGAUUGAGAUUUCCCUCGACAAAGACGAGAUGAAUGUGUACCAGACGGUCAUGACAUAUUCAAGGACAUUGUUUGCACAAUUCCUGUUUCAGCGUGCCGAGAAAGAUUCGGACUCGAACUUUAUAUCUGAUGCCAACAAGCCCACAUACAAUCAAAUCAAGGACCCCAAUGGCGCCUAUUAUAAAUUGCACGAGAAGUUCGCGAAAAUGGCAGGCAAUAAAAAAGAGGUCAAGUCCCAUGAAAUAUUGGUCCUGCUGUUGCGUUUGAGGCAGAUAUGCUGUCAUCCAGGUCUGAUUGAUUCGAUGCUAGAGGGAGAGGAGGCGAAGAGUAUGGACGCUGACGGCAGCGACGGAGAAUCCCCGGAGAUUGACUUAUUGGCGCAGCUCAAUAAGUUGGCUAUUACAGACACCUCCACUUCUCCGCGUCGGUCCAGCCGUGACAGCGGAAGCAGCCGAGGAGUGACUGAAGAUGACGACGGACCGCCGCUACAUGGGGAUGAGGCUCGCAUUGCCAAGGCUUCCAAAAAUGUGCUAAAGCGCAGCAAUCCAGUUUUUAACAUGAAGCGUCCAUCAACGAAAAUGCUAAAGGUGAUGGAAAUACUGAAGUCUUCGAUUCUGAAGGACAACAACGAUAAAGCCAUUAUAGUUUCGCAAUGGACAUCGGUGCUGGAAAUACUGCGCGAUCAUUUGGAGAAUGAUAAGCUGUCCACCCUUUCGCUGAAUGGCUCCAUUCCCGUAAAGAAUCGACAAGAAAUUGUCAACCAAUUUAAUGAUCAGCACAAUCAGAAGCGCAUUUUGUUGCUCUCACUUACUGCUGGCGGUGUUGGCUUAAAUCUGGUUGGUGCUAAUCAUUUGUUGCUGCUUGACCUCCACUGGAAUCCGCAGCUGGAAGCCCAGGCCCAAGACCGCAUCUAUCGCGUGGGGCAGAAAAAGGAUGUCAUGAUAUAUAAGUUCGUGUGCUUGGAUACAGUCGAGCAGCGCAUUUUGGCUUUGCAGCAACAUAAAUUGGAACUAGCCAAUGGCGUCCUAACAGGCUCCGGAGUUAGUUCAAAACUAACCAUUGAUGACCUCAAGGGUCUGUUUGGAAUUUGAGACGGCCUCCGAUUCGCUUUAGAUUUAUGUACACACAAAAAGCAAGCACAAAAGCCAGAGUUCAUUUUAUUUACAGAAAAAUGUUUAUUUUAGUUAUAUCGAAGUUGUUUUUAUUUUAUUUUGUAUUUCUUUGUUUUGAAGCACUUGUAUUUAAAUUAGCUACGAUACCAUUUGAAUUGUUUAGUGUUUUACAAAGA